AUGCCUUCUGGAAGACCCUGGGGAGCUUUGGACCUGGUCGGCCUGGUAGCACCACCGGCACUGCCCUCUGUGCUAGGAGCUGUGGGCACUGUGGGCUGGGCACUGCGAAUUGUUAAUACCUUGAUCAUAACCAGUAAUUCAUGGCGACUACAUGAAAUGAUUGACAGAUUCUUCGUGAACAUAUCAAAUGUCAACAGGGAGUCCCUGGCUGAAAUACAGACUCUUCACAUUGAAGAAAUUGCAGUGAACCUGUGGAACUGGGUUAAGAGAACAGAAUUGCCUGUGAAUGAAAGCCAGUCAGCUAAACUGUGUCAUGUUGUUUGCAAGCUGGCAUGUUUUCGUGGAAUUUCAGUUUCUUCAGAAGAAGCUAUUCAAAGACAGAUUUUGAUGAAUAUGAAAACAGGAAAAGAAUGGUUGGACACUGGAAAUGCUCUGAUUGCUGAUGAAUUUUUUCAAGCUGCCGUGGCUAAUCUGGAAAAAUUAUAUGUCAAAUUAAUACAGAGGUGCUACACUGAGGCUAAGUUGGCCAUGUAUAAGAUCACUGUGGAGAAGGGCAUCUUCCGUGUGCUUUCUUAGCAAGCUGAGGCACCAGAUGAUGAUCGAAUUUUGAACAUGAAAAGUCACCAAACAAAAAGCCCACUGAGAAGAGAUUUAGUAAAUUGGUUACACAACAUUCUGUGGGGAAAAAAAAAAACUCCCAUCCAUGGAUUUGCAGAAUACCUUAUCCAGUGUCAUGGUGCUUCACCCAAUCUUGCUUCUGAUGAAGAAACUCCCUUUACAGCUAGAGAGGCUAAAGAGGCUGUAGCAGUUGAGCAAUGGGAUCCUACAAAUAUUUUCACUCAGUUUUAUAUAUUCAAGAUUGCAAUCAUGGAAGGAAACCCUAAUGGACAGCAGUUUGUGUCAAGAAAAGCCUUGGAAUAUUUAUCUCAACUUUCAGAAGACCCAAAGGAAGUACUUGGAGCUUUAAAGUGUCUUGUUCAAAUUAUUCUUCCACAAGUUUCUCAUAUGCCGGAAUCUGAAAAUAAAAAGAAAGAAAUGGAUAGACUUUUGACUUACUUGAAUACAGCACUCCUGCAAUUUUCUCAGCAUUUUGAUGAAGAAAUGUCAACUUUGGACUCUUGGAUUAAUGAUGCCAACUGGUUUAGGAAAAUAGCUUGAAACUUAGCUCUGAAAUCUCAGAGACAGUGAAAAGCUUUCCAUGAAUUCUCACGCUUCACUGAUGUUCUGGUUAUUUCUUAUCAGCUGUUCCCCUAUUGUCCUUCUGAUCAAGGACUACUGAUUGCACAGAAAAUGUGUUUACUUGUAGCAGCUGUGCUUGAUCUAGAGCAAGGGGAAAAAAAGGCAGAACAACUUACGAACAGAUCCCAGGCUCCUUCAGGACCGUUCCUCUUGCGUACCCUUGUCAUUCUUUUCACCCAGAGGAAGGCCCAUCAGUAA